AUGUUACCAAACCCUACUGAUAUUGGCCAUUUUAGCCAUCUAAGUCAGUUGCUUGAUGCAGCAAAAAAAUGUAUUGUUGAAUAUGGACCAUGCCAACCUAAAGAACCAUUCUAUAGAUAUUCAUAUAAUCGUGUAUCUAAUUUAUCGUUCAAUGAGAUAUAUUAUUAUUCUGGGUCAUCAAUGUCUGGUGGAAAGACAAUUAGACUAUGGUUGAGUUAUUCGAUUAUUCAUCAAGUUGCAUAUUACCAUCCAUGUACUCUGUUCGGGAAUAGAUUAAAAAAUAUACAAACGUCAUGGAUUGACGGAUUUGAUGACUGGGAUCACAUAACGAUUGCUAUGAACCGUCAUGAAAGUUCUACACUUCAUCUUGUUUCAUGUAAAGCUUAUAAUAUGUAUCAUAAAAAUUUAAGUAUAGACUGUCAAAUAAAAACGCAAGACGCUUCUGAAUCUGAAUAUUGGACCGUAGUUUUGACACGUAUAAUAGAUAUAUCGAUUACAUUAGGUGGCCAAAAUUUGUCUUUUAGGGGCCAUAGAGAAGAUGCUAACUUCAAAAAUAAUGGAAAUUUUAUGGCUUUAAUAAGACUUUUAGCCAAAUAUGAUCCAAUAUUGGCAACACUUCUAGAGAAGCCAAAGGGAAGCAUAAAAUAUCUUAGCCACCAAAUUCAAAAUCAAAUAAUUGCAUUAAUAGAAAGUGAAAUAAAGAAAAAUAUAAUAUCUGAUGUUACCUCCGCGCCAUUUUUUUCCUUAAUUCUAGAUUCAACACAAGAUAUAAGCAAGAAUCAUGAAUUUUCAUAA